UCUCUCCAUCACUCCCCCCGCCGACGUCCGCCAACUCGACGACCAGCGCCUACAUCGCGUUGCUCGUCGGACACGUCUUUUCCUGAAUUUUCCGCCCCACGUCGACUCGGUUCUCCGUUCGCAACUCGCACCAGUCAAAACAUAACCGUUCGAAAUGCGGUUUCAAACAUUCUUUACAGAUACCCGCGCGUCUGCGCAAGCACAUGUUCUCCUCCUCGUAUCCCUUGCCCUCGCUGCGUCCGCACAGGACCGCACGACGGAGAAGGCCGAGGCCUCUAUAACCGACCCUACGCAGGAGUGCACGCCGUAUUACUACGCGCCGUCGGCCAAUUAUAUUCACAACUUUCCAACUAUCUGGCAGCCCGCGACCAUCCUCCCCACCGACACCGCCGCGCAGGCGAAAUGGGCGAGCAUUUCCAGUAGCGUCCCCACUAACAUCCAACCUCGCGGCACCGCCAUGGGCGACUUUUCCAACGUGACCUACGACACCGUCAACGACCCCGCCUGUUGGUGGACCGCAGCCAAAUGCACGACGCCCAAGCUUGCCGGUCUCCAGCCCGAUGUGUCGAGUGUCCCGGAGCCCAAGACGAUCGGGUACGGAUUCGACGACGGCCCUAACUGCUCGCAUAACGCAUUCUACGACUACCUACAGUCCAAGAACCAAAAGGCGACGAUGUACUUCAUCGGGAGCAACGUUAUGGACUGGCCUCUUGAGGCGCAGCGUGCGUUGACCGACGGCCAUGAGAUCUGUGUCCACACAUGGUCACAUCGAUAUAUGACUUCGUUUUCGAGCCCAGACGCAUUCGCAGAACUUUGGUACACGAUGCAAGCAAUCAAAGCCGUCACUGGCGUUACGCCAACCUGCUGGCGGCCUCCAUUUGGUGAUGUCGAUGACCGCAUCCGGGCGAUCGCCAACGGCCUCGGGCUACAGACGAUCCUGUGGAAGUACGACUCGAAUGAUUGGCGGGCCGGCGUCGGCGGUGUCACUGCCCAGGACGUUGACAACGACUAUCAGUCGUUCAUCAACAACGCCACGAGCGGCACCUUCAACACUCAAGGUGGCAUCAUGCUCACGCAUGAGCUGAAUAACUUCACGAUGUCGGAGGCCAUGAAAUACUAUCCCAUGCUCUCGAGCGCGUUUGCGCAUAUCGUUCCUGUAGGUGUCGCGCUGAACAAAACGCAGCCCUACGUGGAGAGUAACUACUCCAUGCCGUCGUUCGCACAGUACAUUGCAGGGACCUCCACCUCCAAUGGCUCCUCAUCUACGGGCAGCUCGUCCACUAGCUCGUCCAGCAGUGCUUCGAGUAGCUCCUCAUCGUCCCACAGUGACACGUCUGGCGGUUCGGCGCAGGGCAGCAAGUCUGCCGCCCUACCCUCUACACCCUUGCUUAGCGCGCACUGGGCCAUCGUCGCUGGCGCGGGGCUGCUUGCGAGCCUCGUGCUCUGAAACUUACCUCUACUGUCCCACACCUGACAGACCGUCUGCUGAUGCGCCCCGCCUGCAUGGACGGACUUCUAGACUGGACCAGACUGGGCUGACGAACUCGCUCCUUUCUUAAUCCACGACGUACUUUAGUUAGUAUAGCUAUUUAUCACCUUCGCCCGCUCUGAGAUCUGUGCUCUCGGACGACAUACUUGUUCAUCCCGCCACACCCCAUAUUGACUGUCGAGUACACAUCACGCUGAGCCUGUUUGUUCUUGGCUCCGGCUUUGCAUAUACCUCUCGGUUUACGACGUCGUCACGUAUGCUAUUCGUAUGCUCUUGCCUGUCGAAUACAACGGUUGACUCGACAGUAGCCAGUAAUGUGUCCAUAUAUAUCUAUACAAAAAGUUGAUGUUGGCCGCUGCU